CGCCCUGGGAGGCAUGUCCAGGAAGCAGGAUCUCCUUCCUCCUCCGUGGCCGGAUUUCCAGGGAGGAGACGCGGUGGGCACCGCUAUGGAGAGCUUGGCUCCCUCACCUGCGCCUCUACCUGCGCGCUUUAGAAGCAGCAGCAACCUGGGCUUCCUCGCCCUCCACAAACGUUGCCUCCUGCUGCUCCUGCUGCUCCUGAAAUAUGAACCAUCUUUGGGGAAGAAAACAUUCCUGACCACACCUGUCAUUCUACAGCCUGAUGACAGUGUAUUUUAUGAAGAUUUCAUUCAUCUCAAUGUUUUGGACAAAAGGGUCCGCAAUGAUACUGAAAUUUCAGUCACUUAUUUAUGUUCAAAACCUUGCAUUGUGACCAUAGAAGCCAUAGCUUCAUUGGAAUUCAGAACUGGUGUUUCAGUAUAUAAGAAAAGCUGGGAGAACAACAAUCACCUCCACACCACUUGGAAUCAAACAGUGAACUUGACUUUCCCAAGCAGUAUGGUUUUCAGAGAUGAUUUUGUGAUCAAACACUCUUUAAUCGUACACACAGUGAUACUUUACGCAUGGCUUAGUCACAAGCAAGCAAGAGUCCCCCAUGCGAAACAAGAAGAAGGAUACCUGCAGGCAAUUGCAAGGGAUUAUACUUUGCUAGACAUAGUUCCGCCGUUUGAACGUCCACACAAAGAUCACAAAGUGUGCUUGAAAUGGAGCUUGGAAUAUACCUGGAGACUGCAGGCUAACAGAAUACCUUGGUGCCCUCAUGAGACUGAUGCAGUGGAGAUCCUCAAUUUUCCAUAUGCAUCCAGUGGAGAGAUGGCAGGAUUGGUGAAGAAGUUUCCGAAAUUUAAAAACAGAGAGCUUGAAAGGAUCAGAAAGAGACAAAUCAGCUCCCCAAACUUUACUGUUUCAAUCUGGCUUUAUUUACUCCACUACUGCAAAAAACCCUUAUGUGGAAUUCUCUAUUUCAUUGAUUUGAAAGAAAUGUAUGGUAGCCCUGCUGUAUUUCUAAACGAUGAAGGUUGUGUUCACAUCCAGAUGCACCUUGUCAAUGGAGAAGACACUGCCGUGAAAACUACAUUCAGCCUUCCUCUUAAGCAGUGGCUUCGGCUUGAUCUCUCCGUUAAUGGAGAACAGAUCGAAAUACGCAGUGUUGGAACAAACCUGAAAAUUCAUCAGCAUGAAAUAUUUCAUUUUAGAGAGGAUUUUUAUUACAAUGACACGUCUGGAUAUUUAGCUUUGGGAGGCAGCACAUAUUCACCUGGCAUCGAAGGAUACUUCGGAACAGUAAAAUACUAUCGUUUACAUGGCCUCGAGACUGAAAGGAUUUCUAACCCUUUCUUCAGCAAUGAGGUUUUGAAAAGAAUUGAUGCAUACCAUCAGAAAUGCCCAGCUAUCCAGAGCAUAGCAUCCAAGUAUGGAUUCACACUGAGACAAGGUGAAGAAGAGCAAAAAUUUUCCUUUUCUUCAGGUAUUCGUGACAACUAUUAUUUGGAGAUGAAAAACAAAUAUGGAGGGAAUCUCAAGUGUGCUGAGAUCAUCUGGGAAAAAGAACUAAUUGGAAAACACAACAGCAUGUCCAGACAGUUGCAAAAGGCAGAUCUACAGUUGCCUGAAGCUAUAUUUGGGCGCAAGUUAUUUGUGACAACUCUUCAAAAUCUAUCCAAGGAUGAUGGUCUACAUUAUAUAAACUCUUCCCUCCAGUCCCUGAUGGAUUCCAGCUGUUUGGGAUAUCACAGAGCUUCCUAUGUUCUUGGUGUUAUCUUUGAAAUAGGACUAGGUAUGCCUACAGAUCCACUUCAGGGACUGCUAUACAGUUUGGUUGCAGCUCAAGGAGGCGAUAGAUUGGCCCUAAUGAACCUUGGAUAUAAGCAUUACCAAGGCAUUAAUGAUUACCCCCGAGAUCUAGAGCUGUCCUAUGCUUACUAUAGUGAUGUUGCUGUCAAGACGCCACAUGAUCAAAACACUGCAGAAGGAGACCAGGCAUUUGUAGAACCAGUAAGACUACAGGAUGAUGAAUUACUGAAAGCUCAGACCAGAGAAAGUGGCGAUCUCUUUAUGUGGCUGAAACAUGAAGCAAAAAGAGGAGAUGCAGCUGCACAGCAACGUCUAGGACAAAUGCUGUUUUGGGGACAGCAAGGAGUUGGGAAAAAUCACAAAGCAGCUGUAGAAUGGUAUGCAAAGGGUGCCUUGGAAACUGGAGACCCAACAUCCCUAUAUGAUUAUUCCAUUGUUUUAUUCAAGGGUCAAGGUGUGAAAAAGAACAAAAGACGUGCUCUACAACUGAUGAAAAAAGCAGCAUCUAAGGGACUUCCUCAGGCAGUAAAUGGACUGGGCUGGUAUUAUCAUAAUUUUCAAAGAGACUAUGCAAAAGCAGCCAAAUACUGGUUAAAAGCUGAAGCUAUGGGCAGCCCUGAAGCAUCUUUCAAUCUGGGUGUCCUGUAUUUAGAUGGAAUUUAUCCAGGACAGACUGGUCGAAAUCAUACUGUGGCUGCUGACUAUUUCUAUAAAGCAGCAGAAGGAGGUCACAUGGAAGGAACAUUGCGAUGCUCUCAGUAUUAUAUUUCAGGAAAUUUGGCUCGCUUUCCCAGAGACCCUGAGAAGGCAGUAGUUUGGGCAAAAUUUGUGGCAGAAAAGAAUGGCUAUUUAGGUCAUGUCAUCCGAAAAGCACUCAAUGCUUAUCUAGAUUUAUCCUGGCAUGAAGCUCUGCUGUAUUACAUAUUUGCUGCAGAGACUGGGAUUGAAGUUUCACAAACAAAUCUGGCACACCUUUGUGAGGAGCAAGCAAAUCUGGCAAAAACAUAUUUGGCUACUGAUUGUGUUUGGAGAUAUUACAAUUUCUCAGUUUUUCAAAGCAAUGCUCCCACCUUUGCUUACUUAAAAGUAGGAGACUUCUACUACUAUGGAUAUCAGAAUCAGUCCAGAGAUCUGGAUAUGUCAAUACAGAUGUAUUCCCAAGCUGCAUUAAAUGGAGAUGCCCAGGGAUUCUACAAUUUGGCCACCCUACUUGAAGAAGGUUACUCCAUCCCAAGUGACAUUUUAGAUCAUUUAGAAAUCUGCAGGUCUCUCCACACCAGUAAUACGGCCCUUCGUCAACAGCUUUAUGAAAGGUGUUGCAGUCUUAGCAACCAAGAAUCAAUCAGCCCCUGCACGUUUGCCUUGCUUUAUUUUCACCUGAGGAUUUUCUGCAGUGUUUGGCAUUCUAGCCUGAUUUAUUUCCUGGGCUCCUUCUUGGCCUUCGCUUUGGUUGCAUUUGUUAUGCAGUGUUUUCAGCGUCUGCUUCGUAUUCGCUCCCAGGUGUCAUCCGUCCCUGGACAGGCUCCAGUUGACUGUUCUUCCCCAGACGAAAGCACAAAGGUUUCUGGAAUGGCAGAGCCUGAAGUACAUCCUGUUCCAAAUAAUGGAGAAGAGGCAGACUUAAACCCUCAACGUCCUUCUUCUAGUAGUUGAGAUAUAAAUUUUUCACCAGGUGUUGCCUUCAGAAGAUGAACUAUGAACCUUUACUCCCAUCUACAGUCAACGGCUAAAUGUCUGCCUUUUUGUUAGGAUCCACUCCGGGAGCAAAAUCCCAUGUUCACAAUCUCUCUUGUUGCUUGAACUUUGAGGAGUCCUGUGAGCUGCACCCAAAAGUGGAUUAGCAAAGGGGGUGGACUGAUUCUAAGAGGAAGAAUCUUUGAAUGAAGAGUAGUGGCAAGCAAAAAUCCAGUCAAUUUAUUGUUGACCUUGGAAAUGGUAUAAACCAGAUCAUAGUCAACUUGGUCUUAUCACGGAAAAGGGGAUUUCUGUUCCUUUAAAAUCAAUCAGAUUGUUAGAGCCUUGAGUGACGCACUUUGGUAAAAAUAACUUAUCAACACAAGUUGAGCAAAGCAUUCUCUCACUUAGGUUUCAUUUUUCUAAAGCAGACUUACUAAUGUGAUUUCAGAGGCCAAAAUCCAAUCACAAAUGCAAAUUAGAAUUUGUUUUUCUGUUCAACAGUUUAUUCAGUACGUAAUUUAUGUUCGGUGGGAAUUUCAGGUCAGAAAUAACAAUGUGAUAUCCCUAGACAUGUAAAGGGAAGAUUUUGCUAAGCUAAAAAAACAAAAAUUAAAAGAGAUAUUUUAGCAGA